CCACCGCAGAGCGCUUCAUUACAAGCAAAGGACUCGACAGGUCACGACAGUGUGUUUAUUCAAAAGGGAAAAUCCAAGGAGUUUUGCUUUUAUCGGAUAUUUCUAAACUGGACCUACCAUAAAAAUGAAGUCUCCAAAGAUAAAGUCACAGAGCAAAACAUUUUUUAAGGGUGAUGACGACCUCAGUGCCGUGUUGUGUGAAUUCGAUGCUGUCAUUGAGGAUUUCACGUCCCCGGUGGAAAAGAGACAUUUCCGAUAUGAUGAGCACUUAAAAACCAUGAAGAGACGGAGCAGCGCGAGCGUCAGCGACAGCGGCAUCAGCGACUCUGAGAGUGCAGAGUCAUUAAACAGAAACAGUUUCAGCUGUAGUGAUGAGAAACUCAACUCUCCCACAGUUUUCACCCCCUCAUCAAACAGUCCCUUGGUCGCAUCUCCUAAACCUAAACUUGGGGACACAAAAGAACUUGAGGACUUCAUUGCUGACCUGGACAAAACAUUAGCAAGCAUGUGAGAGAGAGACGGGAUGACUGGUGCACCACAUUGUAGCUCCACCUGAAGAAGACAACCAGACUGCAUCUGACAAACCCGGACUACUGUGAAGAUAGACGACACAUGGUUUAACAUGUUAAAUGAUGGAGUUUUCACUUUGUGGCCGAUACACACAUAAACAGACAUACAAAUGUAUAGGUGUAAGAUUAUUUAAAUGGCUUUUUAUAGAAAGAAAAUUGUAAUUUUAUAAAGUUGGUUAUUGUAAAUUUAUCUGUACCAUUGUUUGAAUCUAUAUUUUUGUACUGUAUGUAAAUAUUGUUAUAAGAAACUUUUUCUUUUGUUUCAAAUAUUAUGGAGUUUAAAAUCAUGAUCAAAAACCUAAUGUUUAAAUAAUGGAAAACUGGAAAAGGGAUAUAUUUAAUACAACUAUGUCUUUAAGAGAUUAAAGUUGGAAAGGAUUUGAA